AUGACCACCAGCAGCGAAGAUGUGCUGCUGCAAAUGGGCGAGGUGCGUUACAAGAAGGGAGACGGCACACUCUAUGUUAUGAACGAGCGCUUGGCAUGGAUGGCGGAGCACCGGGACACUGUUACCGUUUCCCAUCGCUAUGCUGAUAUCAAAACACAGAAGAUCUCGCCCGAUGGCAAGCCAAAGGUGCAGCUACAAGUGGUGCUGCACGAUGGCAACACAUCGACGUUCCAUUUUGUUAACCGUCAGGGCCAGCCUGCCAUGCUUGCCGAUCGUGAUAAAGUUAAAGAGCUGCUGCAGCAGCUGUUGCCCAAUUUUAAGCGUAAAGUUGACAAAGACUUAGAGGACAAGAAUCGCAUCUUAGUAGAGAAUCCUAAUUUGCUGCAGCUCUACAAGGAUUUGGUCAUUACCAAAGUACUUACCAGCGAUGAGUUCUGGGCAACGCACGCCAAAGAUCAUGCUCUGAAGAAAAUGGCUAAGAGCCAGGAAAUCGGUGUCUCGGGCGCUUUCUUGGCUGACAUUAAGCCACAGACGGACGGUUGCAAUGGCCUUAAAUACAAUCUUACCUCUGAUGUCAUACACUGCAUUUUUAAAACAUAUCCCGCCGUCAAGCGCAAGCAUAUGGAGAAUGUACCCGCCAAAAUGCCCGAAUCGGAAUUCUGGACGAAAUUUUUUCAAUCGCAUUAUUUUCAUCGAGAUCGUCUUACCGCUGGGACCAAGGACAUAUUUACUGAGUGCGGCAAAAUCGAUGAUCAAGCGCUGAAAGCAGCUGUGCAGCAGGGUGCAGGUGAUCCGCUAUUAGAUUUGAAAAAGUUUGAAGAUGUGCCGCUGGAGGAAGGCUUUGGAAGCGUUGCUGGCGAUCGCAAUGUGGUCAACAGUGGCAAUAUCGUCCAUCAGAACAUGAUCAAGCGUUUCAAUCAGCAUUCCAUAAUGGUAUUGAAAACGUGCGCCAAUGUCAAUGGAACUCCGGCCACCAUCCCCAAUGGCGCAAACAUGGCCAAUGGUCCACUAGGACAAUCAACAUACACGAAUGGCCUCAAUGGUAAGGGAGCCAAGCAUGCGGCCACCGACAGUGCGACCGGCACUAAUAUUGAUGCACCGCAAACCAAGAAGCAACGACUCAUUGAAAAGAUACACUACGAAGAUUUGGGUGAUCCACUAAUUGAUCAUGAUGACGAUGCGCUUCAAUCGACCAAUAAAAGCAAACAAUUCGAACUGUCCAAAGUGGAACGCUACCUAAACGGUCCCCUGCAGAAUAACAUGUACGAAAAUCAUAAUGAUUCACUCAAUCUGGAUGAUGUACAGUAUAAGCUUGUGCGCAAUUCCGAAUCCUGGCUGGAUCGCAGUGCACAGCGCAAUGUCAUAUGCUCUAAAGCGGCUGUCAAUGCUUUAGGUGAACUCAGCCCCGGUGGCUCGCUUAUGCGUGGCUUUCAGGAGCAGUCGGCUGGACAGCUGGUGCCGCGCGACUUCCAACGCGAUUUGCGGCAUUUGUAUUUGUCGCUUUUGGAACUGUUGAAACACUUUUGGAAUUGCUUUCCGCCCACCACAGAAGAGUUGGAAACUAAGCUGCAGCGCAUGCAUGAAACUCUACAGCGUUUUAAAAUGGCCAAACUAGUGCCUUUCGAGAAUCGUGCCAUGCACGAGCUCUCGCCGCUGCGAUCAUCACUCACACAGCAUAUGAACAUGCUGCUGCGCACUGCCAACUCCAAGUAUGCAACAUGGAAGGAGCGCAAGCUGCGUAACAACAGAUAACAAAUGCAGCAUCAUCUACUGCAGCAGCAGCAGCAACAGCCAAUCAUAUAAAAAACAACAACUAGAGAUCAGUACUCAUUAGACGUUCGUUUAGCAGCGCGCAACGCAUUCAAAUACAAAUAUAUAUAUAUAUAUUAAUUACGUAUAAAAAUAUUAAUUAAGAUAUAUAACCACUGUUUGUAACGUGUCCAUGAUGUGGUGCUUAUAAAUUUAUACAACAUCAUAUUGUCGAUUCUUCA